AUGUUCUUAAUACGUGAGUUCGUUCCUUUUUUUUUCUUUUUUAAUAAUGCCACCAAAGAAGAGAAUCCCAUUGGGUCGGUUGAGCACUCGGUCACGAAAACAGCUUUGAGAGCCAGGGAGAGGUUGGAGGAGAGCAGAGCGCGAAAUUCACGUAAUGCAACAGCUGUGGCCGCGUCUUGGUCGUCACAAACACCACAGCAACGAAUCCUUAGGCUUGACGGUAACAAUAAACGAAGAGGUGCUCACCGUGGUAUCACUAGCCUUUGUAAAUCAAUAUGGCUACGCCGAGCUUUCCUUCGCAUUCAUUCCUCCAAAUCUACUUCAUUUUUGAUUACAAUCAGCAGGCCGAUGUUAGGUGCGGCAUUUUUUUCCUUCCGCCGAAGCAAUCCUGCGUAUACCGUUGACAAAAAACUCCUGCUUGCCUUGCAGAAUAUGCUCCAUGAAUGCAAAAGCAAUGUUCGGAGCUUUAAGUACACUUUAGAAACCUCAUCUAGCCACGAUAUUUCCUGCAUUAUCGAUGCAGAUAAGAGGCCUUCUAGCGAACAGUUACGCCGUUACAAUGCUCCCACAUGCAAUGACGUUGCCGUGCUACUCCAUGGUGAUCAACAUAAACCUCGAGAUAUUGUUCUUCACUGUCGGCACAGCCAAUUACAACGCGUAAGUGAAACCCACCGCUUAUACAACGCACUCCAGUACCCGCUUCUUUUCCCAUAUACAGACGAUGUGUAUCAUGUUGGGACUCCUCAGUACGGGCCUGACACUACCUUAUCGGUUGUCUACCCUUCAUUCCGUGAGGCCUGCUUUAGACGCGGUCUUCUUCAAGAUGACACGCAAUGGGAUUAUACCUUAGCAGAAGGCGUCCUGUUGAGAUCUCCUGGUUGUCUUCGGUAUCUAUUCGCAAUACUUCUUCAGUGGUGCGAAAUAAGCGACCUAAAUUCUUUAUGGGAGCGCUACAAAGACCACAUGUCAGAAGAUUUCCUACGUCAAGCUCAGUCCCAUAAUCCUGACAUCGAGGUUACAUUCAGCGGGAUAAUUUACAACAGGGCACUAAUUGCUCUCGAAGACAGUCUUCUAGAGGUAGGUGGUAAUACACUUGCAACAUAUGGAUUACCACCUAUACAUUGUGAACGCGUCAGGGAUCUUUUCACUGAUUUGUUGAGGGAGACGUCACUUAACGUCGAGGAGCUUCAGAUUUAUUUUUGGCCUGAACAGAGAGAAGACUUCGAUGCUAUCGUUGACUCCGUACGGUACCAAACGGGUGGUAUUUUCUUUCUCGAUGCUUCCGGGGAUACAGGUAAGGCCUUUGUUACUAAACUCGUACUUGCCGAGCUCAGGCGUGCCGAUUAUAUCGCACUAACGGUGGCUUCAUCGGGCAUCGCAGAUACUUUGCCCCCGGAGAAAAGACUGCUCACUCAGCAUUUAAGUUACCUCUCAACUUGGUAA